CAGAGCUCACCGUCUCUCCUUAGUCUAACGCGAAUAAGUAUGGCGUUAUCUCCCCAGUGACGGAACAAAACAAACCAUCCUCCUUUCUUCCUCUAUUUUUAUCCUUCUUCAUCUAUCGAAAUAGGUUAGAAGACCUAAACACUAUGGCACCAACACGUCGAUGGUCUCGUACGCUUUUCCUUGCGGUGCUGGGCACUGUUACCGCAUCUGAGUUUCAAAUUCCUUUGGUAUCGCAAAAACCGCUGGAAGCAGGAAACGCGCUUCUCAAACCGUUGGUCAACACGGAAGAUCUGCAGGCCAGCAUCAAGAUUGAGAACCUCGUCAAGCGUGCUAAGAGUCUAUACGGUCUUGCAGAGCUCUCAGAACCAGAGUAUGGACACCCAACUCGGGUCAUCGGAAGUGAAGGCCAUAGCGCUACCUUGGAAUAUAUAUAUUCUGCCUUGGGGAAACUUGAUGGUUACUACACUCUUUCGAAGCAGCCGUUUCCGGCUGUCAUGGGAAAUGUCUACGAAUCCCGUCUAGUCAUCGGCCAAGAUGUUCCCAAGUCUGCUUUUCCGAUGUCGCUGACUCCCCCAACGACUAACAAACAGCCUGUUCACGGCGACCUUAUCUUUGUAGCAAACGAAGGAUGCGAUGCAUCUGACUAUCCAUCUAACGUAACUGACAAUAUUGCUUUUGUCCUCCGUGGCAAAUGCUCCUUUGGUGCCAAAUCAGAGCUCGCUGGCAAGGCGGGUGCAGUGGCAGCGAUCGUGUAUAACUACGCUUCUGAGCCGCUUUCGGGUACACUAGAGAGUCCCACUCCCGACCAUGUUGCUACAUUUGGUUUGUCAGGCGAAGACGCCGGCCCCAUACUUGAGAAGUUAAACAAGGGCGAAGUCGUCGACUCUAUUGCAUACAUCGACUCGGAGGUUAAGAAGAUUGAAACCACGAACAUCAUUGCUCAGACUGUCGAGGGGGACCCAGACAAUUGUGUCAUGCUUGGGGGCCACAGUGAUAGCGUGGCCGAGGGUCCAGGAAUUAAUGACGACGGCUCGGGUAGCCUCACACUCCUUGAAGUUGCUACACAGUUGACCAAUUUUAGCGUCAACAACUGUGUACGUUUCGCUUGGUGGGCUGGAGAAGAGGAGGGUCUUCUUGGCUCAGACUACUAUGUCGAGGUCUUACCCAAGGAAGAAAACCUUAAGAUCCGCCUUUUUAUGGAUUAUGACAUGAUGGGCAGCCCAAACUUUGCCUAUCAGGUCUAUAAUGCGACAAAUGCUGCGAAUCCCGAAGGUUCAGAGCAGCUAAGAAACUUGUACGUCGAUUGGUACGAGGCGCAGGGACUUAAUCACACUUUUAUUCCCUUCGACGGGCGUAGUGACUACGACGCUUUUAUCCGUAACGGUAUCCCGGGAGGAGGUAUUGCCACGGGGGCCGAGGGUCACAAGACAAAGGAGGAGGAAACCAUGUUCGGCGGUAAAGCAGGCGACUGGUAUGAUCCUUGCUACCACCAGUUAUGUGACGAUAUUGGCAACGUUAAUUCAACCGCUUGGCUUGUCAACACGAAGCUCGUUGCUCACUCCGUUGCCACCUUUGCUGCCUCGUUCAAGGAUUUCCCCGAGCGGUCAAACACCACCGUGUUGGAAGCCAAUGAACAGCGUGCCCAAUAUCACGGACAUCGACUUGUUCUAUAAGUGUAGUUCAAUCAUAGAAUUUCUGCCAUUUAAUCGCUAGAAUUAGGUACUUAAUCAUAGAUCGUCUAAUGGGUGGAACCCCUAGUGCGUUUGGAUAUCGAAUCUCAUUUAUGUUUUCUUAGCUGAUACGGCACUUACCGCGGAUACGAGUCAGAGGUGAUAAACUUACAUUGACAUAGUGUGAAGCUACACUGAUAAUCGUAGACGUUGCCCGCCUAAAAUGGGAACAUGGAAGCAUUGCACAGAUCGGACUAAAG